ACAUCAUCCAGUGGUCCAUUGGCUGUACCGAAUAUCAUUUCUGCUCUGCGCUCGUCGCUCGUCGCGAAGCAAAACGCGUCAGUAAUGCGAGACCGAUCGGUGGAUCGUCGCGUUCCCGAUCGCCGGUCAUCGCGCUCUCGUGGCAACCCGAAACGUCCUCGCUAGAUGAUGAUAUUAUCGCGAAACGACCACGAGAUCGAAAAAUCUCUUGAGGGGAGUGCUCGAGAAGACUAAGGCGAACAAGGAUCCCGAGAUGCAAAUUGGACUCGAAUACUGAAACUAGCCAAGUCAACAAUUACUCGAAAUGAUACUGCAGGCAAUCAUCUUGAUCCUCUCCGCAAGGAUAUGCUACAGCAAUCCCGAUGCAAAGAGACUGUACGACGAUUUGCUGUCAAAUUACAAUCGACUGAUUCGCCCCGUUUCUAAUAACAAUGACACCGUAAUCGUUAAACUAGGACUUCGUCUGUCCCAACUCAUUGAUCUCAAUUUGAAGGAUCAAAUUCUCACGACGAACGUUUGGCUCGAGCACGAAUGGCAGGACCACAAAUUUAUGUGGGAUCCAGCAGAGUACGGAGGUGUCACUGAACUCUACGUACCUAGCGAACACAUAUGGCUUCCCGACAUUGUACUUUACAACAACGCGGACGGGGAAUACGGUGUGACCACGAUGACGAAAGCUAUUCUGCAUUACACUGGCAAGGUCCUUUGGACACCUCCGGCGAUUUUCAAAUCUUCCUGCGAGAUAGACGUCCGAUACUUUCCAUUCGACCAACAAACCUGCUUCAUGAAAUUCGGCUCGUGGACGUACGACGGUAUUCAGAUCGACUUGAAACACAUUAAUCAAAACAUGGGAGACAAAGUCGAAGUUGGUAUCGAUCUCCGCGAAUACUACCCCAGCGUCGAAUGGGAUAUACUGGGAGUCCCGGCGGAACGACACAAGAAGUAUUAUCCCUGCUGCGAGGAACCGUAUCCGGACAUAUUCUUUAACAUCACUCUACGUCGAAAAACGCUGUUCUAUACGGUGAAUCUGAUCGUGCCGUGCGUGAGCAUCUCUUACUUGUCGGUGCUCGCGUUCUAUUUGCCGGCCGACUCUGGCGAGAAGAUCGCCCUCUGCAUUAACAUUCUCCUGUCGCAGACGAUGUUUUUCCUCUUGAUAUCAGAGAUCAUACCAUCCACGUCGCUAGCACUCCCGCUGCUAGGCAAAUACUUGCUCUUCACUAUGAUUUUAGUCGGUCUCUCGGUAGUUAUUACCAUCAUUAUACUGAAUGUUCACUACCGCAAGCCGAGCACUCAUAAAAUGGCGCCGUGGAUUAGAAAGAUCUUCAUAAGGAGAUUACCGAAACUCCUUUUAAUGAGAGUGCCCGACGAUCUUCUCAACGAUCUCGCCGCGCACAAGAUACACGGCAGAGGGAGAUCCGGUAAAAAGAGCAAAUUCAACGCUGCGGUCGCCGCUGCCAUGCAAUCCUCUUCGAUAGUCUCCUCGCCGGAUUCCGCUCGACAUCAACGAAUCGGUGGAUGCAAUGGACUGCACACGACUGCGCAUAAUAGAUUCCUCGGAGGUAUCGGUGGAUACAAUGGACUUCCCACAGUGAUGUCUGGAUUAGACGAAUCUUUAAGCGAUGUAACACCCAGAAAGAAGUAUCCCUUCGAGCUUGAAAAAGCUUUACAUAACGUGAUGUUCAUUCAGCAUCACAUACAGCGGCAAGACGAGUUUAACGCGGAGGAUCAGGAUUGGGGUUUCGUUGCGAUGGUUCUCGAUAGAUUUUUCCUGUGGAUCUUUACAAUAGCUUCAAUCGUUGGCACGUUCAUCAUUCUUUGCGAAGCUCCAGCACUUCGUGACAACACCAAACCAAUCGACACGGUGUAUUCCUUUGUGGCUCAACAACAACUUCCUCCUCCUGAACGUAUGAAACGGAAUAUUAAUUGCCAGGCAAAGUCUAGCUAUGCGUAAGAAGAAACAUUUUCUUCUCCAAUUCGACGUCUUUCCGAGAAGCAAUGAAGAAAGUUAUUAUGUAGUAUGCGUAAAUUUUUCCAAUUACUAAAAUAUAAAUUAACCUUUUUCAUUAAAAACGAAAUACAUAUAUAUAUAUAUGUAUACUCUCGAGCUCGUUCGAUAUCUUGUAUGCCUAUAAAAAUUAAAUAAACGACAAUUACAAAGCA